UGUUGUUCCAAGCUGGAGCGUCAAUCAUGCCGUGAGAAACUAGUCCCUCUGGAAUGCGUUACUGCGCUUCCAAACAAUUGUUACGGAAAGCGACGCAUUCCUGCCCCGGAUACCGCGGGUGGCUUCGGCUUCUUCGCCCGGUUUUAUUUCCAACAUUACGCUUGUUCCCCAGGCAAAAUCGUCCCGCCGACUGCACGCGCAACAAAUCCGUGAUAACAAUAGCUGACCGUCGGUGUUUUUUUAUUAGAUAGUAAUAAGGGGGGAAAGGGGGGCAGGGUUGGCAUUUUUUCCACCCUUCCUGGCGGAAGGAGACAGUUCGAAAGGCAGCGCGGUCGCUGCACUCUGUCAGCGGCGUGAGAGGAUCGGGAAGUGCGAAUGGAGCGACCGGGAAGCGGAGCGGCAUUGUGACCGGACCGGAGCCCGAGUCGCAGCGGAGCGAAGCGGAUCGGAGCCAUGAGAUCCCCGCGCUGACUAGGAGUCGCGGGGCCAGCGCACAAAAAAGGGAGAAAGAUGGGUGCCCUUUUACGGACUCUGCUCUGCUGUAGUUUUUGUUCUCUAAUGCGAGGUGAACCCCUCCUGCUAUAUGCCAAUCGGCGGGACCUGCGGCUGGUGGAUGUGGCCCAGGGGGGGAGCAACGCCACCGUGCUGGUGAGCGGGCUGGAGGACGCAGCAGCUGUGGACUUUGUCUUCGCCCAGAGCUUCUUAUACUGGAGCGAUGUGAGCGAGGAGGCCAUCAAGCGGGCCGCCUUCAACUGGUCGGGGUCCUCUCAGCAGAGCACGGUGCUAUCGGGCCUGCAGUCCCCAGAUGGCCUGGCCUGCGAUUGGCUGGGCUCCAAGCUCUACUGGACGGACUCUGAGGCCAACCGCAUCGAGGUGGCCAAUCUGGAUGGGUCGCUGCGGAAGGUGCUUUUCUGGCAGGAGCUGGACCAGCCGAGGGCCAUUGCCGUGGAUCCCGCCAGAGGGUUCAUGUACUGGACAGACUGGGGGGAAAUACCCAAGAUCGAGCGUGCUGGGAUGGACGGUACAAGCCGCUCGGUCAUCGUUGACAAAAACAUCUACUGGCCCAACGGGCUGACGCUGGACUACGACCAGAAGAAGCUGUAUUGGGCUGAUGCAAAGUUCAACUUCAUCCACCGGAGCGACCUGGACGGCAGCUUGCGGGAGGUGGUGGUGAAGGGAUCACUCCCGCACCCCUUCGCUCUCACGCUGUACCGCGACACGCUCUUCUGGACCGACUGGAACACGCACUCCAUCCACUCUUGCAACAAGUACACCGGCGAGGACCAGCGUGAGGUCCACACCAACAUCUUCUCCCCCAUGGACCUCCACGCCUACAGCCAGGAGAGGCAGCCCCACGCAGUGUCCGGCCCCUGCAUGGUGGGGAACGGUGGCUGCUCCCACCUGUGCCUGCUGUCUCCCGUGAAGCCCUUCUACCAGUGUGCCUGCCCCACAGGAGUUCAGCUACUGGAAGACCAGCGUACGUGCCGACAGGGUGCCACCCAGAUACUGCUCCUGGCACGGCGAACAGACUUACGGCAGAUUUCCCUGGAUACACCCGACUUCACUGACGUUGUGCUGAACAUGGAUGAUGUCCGCCAUGCCAUCGCCAUUGACUAUGACCCAGUGGAGGGGCUGGUCUACUGGACAGAUGAUGAGGUACGAGCCAUCCGCCGCUCCCGGUUGGACGGCAGCAGCAGCCAGUUCGUGGUCACCUCUCAGGUCAGCCACCCAGAUGGCAUCGCCGUGGACUGGGUAGCCCGGAACCUCUACUGGACCGACACAGGCACAGACCGUAUCGAGGUCACUCGGCUCAAUGGCACCAUGCGCAAGAUCCUCAUCUCGGAGGACCUAGAUGAGCCUCGAGCCAUUGUCUUGGAUCCCACAGCUGGGUACAUGUACUGGACAGACUGGGGUGAGAUUCCAAAAAUCGAGCGAGCCGCUUUAGAUGGCACCGACCGUGUAGUCAUGGUCAACACCUCCCUGGUCUGGCCCAACGGGCUGGCCUUGGACUAUACAGAGCGCAAGAUCUACUGGGCCGAUGCCAAGACGGACAAGAUCGAGGAGAUGAACAUGGAUGGGACGGGCCGCAGGGUCCUGCUAGAUGACAAGCUGCCUCAUAUCUUUGGCUUCACGCUGCUGGGUGACUUCAUCUACUGGACGGACUGGCAGCGGCGCAGCAUCGAGCGCGUGCACAAGAGCUCUGCCGAGCGCGAGGUCAUCGUAGACCAGCUGCCCGACCUCAUGGGGCUCAAAGCCACCUACAUGCACAAGACAAUAGGUACCAACCCCUGUGCGGAGAACAACGGGGGCUGCAGCCACCUGUGCUUGUACCGGCCACAGGGGGUCCAGUGCGCCUGUCCCAUCGGCCUGGAGCUCAUCGGCGACAUGAGCACCUGCAUCGUCCCCGAGGCCUUCCUGCUCUUCUCCCGCCACACAGACAUCCGCCGCAUCUCCCUGGAGACAAACAACAACAAUGUGGCGAUCCCCCUCACUGGUGUCAAGGAGGCCUCCGCCCUGGACUUCGACGUGACGGACAACCGCAUCUACUGGACGGACAUCACGCUGAAGACCAUCAGCAGAGCUUUCAUGAACGGCAGCGCCCUGGAGCCCGUGGUAGAGUUUGGCCUGGACUAUCCCGAGGGAAUGGCAGUUGACUGGCUUGGCAAGAACCUGUACUGGGCCGACACUGGCACCAACCGCAUCGAGGUGGCCAAGCUGGAUGGGCAGCACCGGCAGGUCCUGGUUUGGAAGGACCUGGACAGCCCAAGGGCCCUGGCUCUAGACCCAGCUGAGGGGUUUAUGUACUGGACGGAGUGGGGUGGGAAACCUAAAAUCGACCGUGCUGCCAUGGAUGGAACUGGCCGAGUCACCCUGGUCCCCAACGUAGGCCGGGCCAAUGGCCUGACCAUCGACUACGCCGAGCGGAGGCUGUACUGGACGGACCUGGACACGACUCUCAUAGAGUCGUCCAACCUGCUUGGUAUGGAACGCGAAGUCAUAGCAGAUGACCUGCCGCACCCCUUUGGUCUGACGCAGUACCAGGACUACAUCUACUGGACGGACUGGAGUCAGCGCAGCAUCGAGCGCGCCAACAAGACCAGCGGGCAGAACCGCACGGUGAUCCAAGGCCACCUGGACUACGUGAUGGACAUCCUGGUGUUCCACUCGUCGCGGCAGGCAGGCUGGAACGCCUGCGCAUCCACCAACGGCCACUGCUCCCACCUGUGCCUGGCCGUGCCCGUCAGCGGCUUUGUGUGCGGAUGCCCUGCCCACUUCUCUCUGAACAACGACAACAAGAGCUGCAGCGCCCCCACCUCCUUCCUGCUCUUCAGCCAGAAGACGGCCAUCAGCCGCAUGGUGGUGGACGAGCAGCAGAGCCCCGACAUCAUCCUGCCCCUGCACAGCCUUCGGAAUGUGCGCGCCAUCGACUACGACCCCCUCCUCCGACACCUCUACUGGAUCGAUGCCAAGCAGAACGCCAUCCGCCGGGCCCAGGAGGAUGGAAACCAGAGCAUAAGUGUGGUUUCUGGCUCGCUGGGGGGCCUCGGACUACAGCCUUUUGACCUCAGCAUCGACGUCUACAGCCGCUUCAUCUAUUGGACCAGCGACGUGACCAACGUCAUCAACGUAACGCACAUAGACGGCCACGGUGUGGGGGUGGUGCUUCGCGGGGAGCACGACAGGCCCCGUGCCAUCGUGGUCAACCCGGAGAGGGGGUACAUGUACUUCACCAAUCUGCAGGAGCGCUCACCCAAGAUCGAGCGCGCGGCGCUAGAUGGCACGGAGAGGGAGGUGCUGUUUUUCACCGGUCUGGGAAAGCCUGUGGCGCUCGCCGUGGACAAUGAAGCAAGCCGGCUCUUCUGGGCGGACGCAGACCUGCGCCGUAUAGAGAGCAGCGACCUCACCGGGGCAAAUCGGGUGGUAAUGGAGGACUCCAACAUCCUCCAGCCCGUCGGGCUGACCAUCUUUGAGAACCACCUGUAUUGGAUUGACCGGCAGCAGCAGAUGAUCGAGCGCAUCGACAAGAAUACCCGCGAGGGCCGCACCAAGAUCCAGGCCCGCAUCUCCUCGCUGAGCGACAUCCACGCCGUCCAUGCUCUCGACAUGAAGGAAUAUAGUAAGCAUCCCUGUACCUCGGACAACGGCGGCUGCUCCCACAUCUGCAUUGUGAAGGGCGAUGGCACCACACGUUGCUCCUGUCCCGUCCACCUGGUGUUGCUGCAGAACGAGCUCUCCUGUGGAGAGCCUCCCACGUGCUCCCCAGAGCAAUUUUCCUGCGCCUUUGGCGACGUGGACUGCAUCCCACAGGCAUGGCGCUGCGAUGGCAUCGCCGAGUGUGAGGAUGGCAGCGAUGAGCGUGACUGCCCUGUGUGCUCGCCACUGGAGUUCCAGUGCGCCAGUAGGCAGUGCGUAGCUCUGGGGCUGCGCUGCGACGGCGAGGCCAACUGCCAGGACGCAUCAGACGAGAGCGAGUGCACAGCACACUGUCCUGUGGACCAGUUCAGCUGCGCUAAUGGCCAGUGUGUCGGCAAGCACAAGAGGUGCGACCACAACAUGGACUGCACUGACAACUCUGACGAGCUCGGCUGCUACCCCACAGAGGAGCCGCCGCCCCCACCCACCAGUGCUGUGGGCUCCAUCGUGGGUGUGGUCCUCGCGCUCUUCGUGGUGGGCGCCAUCUACUUCGUGUGCCAGCGUGUCUUCUGCCCGCACGCCAAGGAUGAUGGGGAGGCCAGCGACUUCGUGGUCCACGGUCCGUCGUCCAUGCCGCUGGGAUAUGUGCCACACCCCAACUCGCUCUCCCGGUCACUCCCAGGUAUGUCUCGUGGGAAAUCGGUGAUGGGGUCCCUCAGCAUCAUGGCAGGCAGCAGUGGGCCACCCUAUGACCGAGCCCAUGUCACAGGGGCAUCCUCCAGUAGCUCCUCAAGCACCAAAGGUUCUUACUUCCCUCCGGUCCUCAACCCUCCUCCAUCACCUGCCACAGAGCGGUCCCACUACACCAUGGAGUUCGGUUACUCCUCCAACAGCCCCUCCACACACCGUUCCUACAGCUACAGACCCUACACCUACCGGCACAUUGCCCCACCCACUACACCCUGCAGCACAGACGUGUGUGACAGCGACUGCACGCCAGGCCGUCGCAUCAUCGCGCCGGCCAAGGGCUACACCAGCGACCUCAACUACGACUCUGAGCCCUUUCCCCCUCCUCCAACGCCCCGCAGCCAGUAUCUGUCAGCAGAGGAGAACUGCGAGAGCUGCCCCCCCUCACCCUACACCGACCGCAGCUACUCCCACCAUCUUUACCCUCCACCUCCUUCCCCAUGCACAGACUCCUCCUGAGCCAUGCCCACUUUCUCUGGCCCCUCCUUCCCCUGUAAAUACCAUUUGUGCAUAUGAGUAAGAGGAUAUUAUGGGGGGUGGGGUUUUGUACAGUAUUAAAAUAUAAAGCCAGGACGUCCAGGGAUAGGGGAUUGUUGGGGCACAUUGUACAGUGAAGUAUUUAUAUUUUCUAUACCGCAUCUAUGGGUGCCAAAAGUUUGUAUUAUGAAGAGAAUUUUGUACAUUAUAUAACUAUACAAAUUUAUAAAAUUUGCCACAAGUGGGAAACGCUGCCUUAAUGCCGAAGUCUGAAACAGAAGACGCUGCCUUGAUGUGGGGCUGAAAGAAAGCAAUGCAGGGGAGAGAGACACUUAGCUAAUGCCAAAAAUGGGACACUUUGGCGGGGGCUGCCUGAAUUCAGUCUGUCAGGACUGCGGAGCUUGUCCUGACCACCUCUGCCGCACUGCCAUCACUGUUGGAAACCAAAGAGCCAAUGACGCAGUGAAAGGGCGUAAGGUGCUGAACAGCAGCCCAUGCUGGGUACCUGGUUCACCCCAAAGCCUGGUCUCUUCCUCUUUCUCCUCCUCCAGCUCUCUGAGGCUCUCCCUUGUUGAGACCACUGCCUUGGGCCCCACAGGACUACCCCCAUCCAGCUCAUUCCGGGAGAACCUACAGGGAGCAGUCAUCCUAGGGCAGAGACGGAUGUGUCUGAGCACAGAGAUACCAUAGCGGAAUAUAGCACCUCAGUGUGACCCCACCUGCGCUGAUGGAGUUUACAUUCAGAAGCAAUUAACCAAACAUAGGCUUUAGAACCGAGAAUCUUUCUCUUUUUAAAAGAAAUCAUGUCAGGCUACAGCUGUACACUGCUAAAGAAGAGCCGUCUGAGACAAACAGCAUGCCAUGCCGCCCCACCCCCCAGAGGAAGGGAAGAGCACCACCUUGUGUCUGACUCAUGCCAAAACACUUUUAAUCUUUUAAACUCAGUGCCCACAGAAUAUUUUCAUAUUUUUGUACCAUGUAUUGUGUAGAUAUCAUAUUUAUAAGCUAUUAAAAACCUUGUAUUAGGUUAUUGUAAAUGUAUCCACUAUAUCCCUGCGGUACUUGUGUGUUUCUGCCGUAAAUGAAACCCUAUCUAUUUUUCUAUUGUGUGUAAGUCUGUAUAGAGACAAUCUAAGGCAGAUCAUUUGAAGAGAAUGAGCAGAUAUCCAUGUAUUAUUAUUAUUAUUAUUAUUAUUAUUAUUAUUAUAUUUUUUUACCCAGGCAAAUUAUCAUUCUGUUCCUCCUUUGCUUAAUUAAUAAUCAUGCUACACAUGACUAGUUUUAGCACGGCCACCUCAAGCUGUUUCUCUUUCAACAGCAAAGACGUCCCUGAACAAGACAAGAGUUCAGCCCCCCUUGGCUGGAUGUCUUCACUGUGCUAUGUUGAUCCUGGGUUCAGUACAUUAAGUUGUCAUGUUUCAGUGCUCAAGACCAAAUCCCCCCGCCCCCCCCAUAUUUUCCGCUCUGCGAGAUAUUGGAGGCUUACUUUCAGAUUUCUCCUGUGUGAAAUGCCCAGCCUCUAAGUACUGCCUGUCUGCAUCUCAUUUAGCGGGAUGAGUUCAGGCUGGACUGAUGUCUGGUGAACGCCAGCUCCCAUGCCUGAUUGGCCAGGAUUGACAAUUUACUGUCUUUUUGGUAUAAUGGAUUAAGAGAAAUUUACUGGCUCUUGGAACCUUUUCUUUUGCCAAAGUACUCUAAAUAGUUUAGUUCUGACUUUGAAAGUCUGUUGGCAAUAUCUUUGACUUGAUUGCAAUCAAGGCUUCACAUCCAUGUUUGAUUAACUCCCAAAGGGCUUCAGUCUUCUCUGUCUGCUGCUGAACUGGACCUUUCUUUGAUGAAGGACCCAUAGGCCGUUUUGUGUGUGUGUGUGUGUGUGUGUGGGGUUCCUUGGGCAGACUUCAGGGGCAGGGUUGUGCGGUUCUGCUAAUCUCCUGAAGUGUCCUUCAAUGGAGCUGCAUUGGUUUUGGUUUCCUCAUGUCCAUUAGUUUGUUGUAAGUGAACCAGAAUGGAUCCGUACCGUAUACUCCUCUGGCCUCUCCAUGCACAAAUCGCUUUCUCUUUUAUAUUAAAUUGUAGCCGUGAAACCACUUUUAAUAUAUUAAACUUCUCAGCAUUUGCUGACAGCAGCGUCUGUCGAAGAGUCCGUACCACCCUGGUGGCUCGCAUUGGCACGCAUCUCCGACAUCUUUCCUAUACUGUCCUGUCACCUCAUGCAUCUGGCCCCUGAGCCACUGCCCCUGAUGAACUAGCCUAGUGACAUUUUUCUUCCUGACUGCACUUUAUGGUACUAUUGGUAGUUGCUGAUGUAACAGUUCAUUUAGUUUGUGAUCCUUAUGUCUGAGCACAUUUCCUCAUCUUUACGUUUAUUCCUUUAUCUGACAUGAUCUAAUUGAAUGUAGUAACACAAGGUGUGGAGGUUUCAGAUGAACUUUACUAUAGGGUUCUAUAAGGGUUAUAGUAAUUGGUAACCAAAGGAAUUAUUUUGAAUUGCUAAAUUUUCAAAUAGGGAAAAUUUACCUCAAAAGAGGUUUAUAUUAAACUUCUUUUGAUUUUUAUUUUAGCCUAAAAAAAACGUAGCCUUUCAAAAUACUUUUGUGAAUUUCAUUCUUUUGAGAAAACCAAGAAAAUAAAAAAAAUCUUAUGCUACCUGCUGGUUGGCUUAGCUUGUUUUGGGAGAUUUAAUAGAAAAAAUUUAACUUAAACUUUAGCUGCAUGGAUGUCCAUCGUAAGAGUUGCUUGAGGUAAAAAUUAAAAGCACUUUUGAUUCCAGGACAUUGGAGAAGCUAAGCUGACAGGGCUGAGCAUGAGGCCAUUUUGGAUGGGAGGUCCUCAUUAAGCUGUUUGUUACUGUGGUGCUUUGCAGGAGUGACUUCAGGAUAACCAACAUUUGGUUAAUCAUAUACACAUUGUCCCACUAACCCUUUGUAAAUGGCUUGUCAUGUGCAACAGUGUAUAAAAUCUGUACAGCCCAUGUUAUAUCUUCAUAAGCUGUUGUAACAAAUUAAAUGAUGAUUUUUUUAUACAAA